CCCAGUAAGGCCGAGUGUGCGAUCGCGCGGCGGAGCUCGGUGGCACAGACACGCACCAUGCUGCGGGAGCCGAGCGAGGGAGCCUCGCCGGGGUGCUUUUAACUCGCCAGAGGCGGAAAAGGAGGUGAGAUGCGGGCGCCGCGUUCAAAGGACCCCCACUGUUCUGUUUGUCUUCACUGUCAACAACAGUCCCGCAGCUGCAGCUCCGCUCACGCCUCUUUUCGCUUCAUUUAACGGCGCUGCACCGAGGAAAUCACUAGGACUAUGUGAGCAUCAUGCUUGCUGUGAGAUGCCUGCUGUUCGCUGCAGUGUGUGCACGGUGCUCCGUGACAGGUCUGAGGGAAUGGGCGAGUCUGGAGGGAAGGCUGCCGCCUGCAGAAGAGGUCGUGCAGCCCAAGCGGCUCCUGCAACAGAUCCACUCCCAGGAGGAGCUGCUCCACAGCCGCCUGGACACCCGGGUCAACAACUACACAGCCGGGGUGCAGCCCAUCCAUCUGGCCCAGAGCAGCUUCCUGGUGGAGGCCUUUGGCACAUCCUUCAUCCUUGACCUGGAACUCAACCACAACCUUCUGUCGACAGACUAUGUGGAGCGUCACUAUGACGAGGACGGGCAGCUGUCGCAGAAUGUGGGAGGAGAGCACUGCUACUACCAUGGGCGUGUGCGGGGGCUGCCGGGCUCCUGGGCUGCGCUGUCCACCUGCCAUGGCCUGCGGGGGAUGUUUUCUGACGGGAACUUCUCGUACGGCAUUGAACCCGUCGGCACUGGCGAGGAGCAGAAUGACCACAUUAUCUAUCGUAUGCCGGACAUCGACCUCUUUCCACCUCCCUGUCCAGGAUGCUCUGUGAACAGCACAGAACCUGAGGGGCAGACAGACGGCCACGGGGUAGGAGACGGGGAGCUGAAGGAUGGAGACGACUGGUCCGAAGAGGAGAAGCCCGUCUUUGCAGAAGUCCUGAGACGCUCUAAGAGACAAGUGAGGCGAGGCCAGCGCACCGUCCAGACAGAGACCAAGUACAUCGAGCUGAUGGUGGUCAACGACCAUGAACUGUUUGUGCAGCUCCGUCGUUCGGCCACUCAGACGAAGAACUUUGCCAAAGCGGUGGUGAACAUGGCCGAUGCGAUCUACAAGGAGCAGCUCAACACUCGCAUCGUCUUGGUGGCCAUGGAAACCUGGUCUGCUGAAAACAGGGUCUCUGUGGGCGAUGACGCCUUGCUCACCCUGCGCGACUUCAUGAAGUACAGGAAGGAGAGCAUCAAGGAGCGCUGCGACGCUGUUCACCUCUUCUCUGGGAGGACGUUCAUGAGCAGCCGCAGCGAGGCAGCCUAUAUUGGGGGCAUCUGCUCCGUCACCAGGGGUGGAGGCAUCAAUGAGUUUGGCAGUGUGGGUCCCAUGGCCAUCACAUUGUGUCAGAGUCUUGGCCAGAACAUCGGCAUGCUGAGAAACAAAGAGCGACCGGCUGCCGGAGAUUGCAGGUGUCCAGACCCAUGGCUGGGCUGCAUCAUGGAGGAUACAGGUUACUACCUGCCCAGGAAGUUCUCUCGCUGCAGUAUAGACGAGUACCUGCGCUUCCUCCAACAGGGAGGAGGCAGCUGUCUCUUCAACAAGCCCAGCAAGUUGUUAGACCCACCAGAGUGUGGGAACGGAUAUGUGGAGCUGGGAGAGGAAUGUGACUGUGGCUCUCUGGUUGAGUGUGCGCGGAGUGGAGCCAACUGCUGUAAGAAGUGUACCCUUACCCACAAUGCCAUGUGCAGCAACGGGCUCUGCUGCAGGGACUGCAAGUACGAGCUGAGAGGAGUGACGUGCCGUGAUGCUGUUAAUGACUGCGACAUUGCUGAGACCUGCACAGGAGACUCCAGUCAGUGUCCUCAUAAUGUCCACAAACUGGAUGGCUACAUGUGUGAUGCUGGACAGGGUCGCUGUUACGGAGGUCGCUGUAAGACCAGAGAUGGCCAGUGCAGGACUCUGUGGGGCUACAACUCAGCUGACAGGUUCUGCUAUGAAAAGCUGAACUCUGAGGGCACAGAGAAAGGAAACUGUGGCCCGGACACCAGUGGUCAGGGAUGGGUGCAGUGCAACAAGCAAGACGUUCUGUGUGGUUUGCUGCUAUGCACCAAUCUGACAGCCAAGCCUAGGUUUGGUGAACUGCAGGGGAAGCUCACCAGUCUGACCAUCCACCAUCAGAACAGAUACAUGGACUGCAGGGGCGGCCAUGCAGUGCUGGAUGACGGCUUGGAUCUGGGCUACGUGGAGGACGGGACGCCAUGUGGGCCGAACAUGAUGUGUUUGGAGCGUCGCUGCCUCCCAGUCACCACCUUCAACCUCAGCACCUGCCCAGGCUCCUCAUCCUCACGCAUCUGCUCCCACCACGGGACUUGCAGUAACGAGGUGAAGUGUAUCUGCGAUCCAGACUACACUGGGAAGGACUGCAGCGUGUUUGACCCCAUCCCCAUCCCUACUCCGCCAGAGGGUCCAGAGAAAUACAGAGGUCCCAGUGGUACCAAUAUCAUAAUAGGUUCGGUUGCUGGUGCAAUUCUGCUGGCAGCGAUAGUCCUGGGGGGAACUGGCUGGGGAUUUAAAAACAUCCGAAGAGGAAGAUCUUCGGGAGUUUGAUUCGUAUCUCUGUGCCGUCCUGUCUACCUUCCACUGUGUCCAGUUCACUCUGAGGAGACAAAACAAACAUGUCUUCCACAUCUGAGCCCUACGACCUUUUCUGUUUCCUUCUCCGAUUUCACUGGUGUUCUCCUCCUGGAAAGUCAAAUUAUUAUCAUCUCACUGUGGUAUGGAAGCCCUGAGGACAGAUUUGAAUCCUGUCAUAGAUCAUCUGGUUACAAAUGUCCAACUAUUAUUGCCUCUAUUUGUUUGUUUUUUGGUCCAGGACACACAUACAAGUGUGUUCACUCAACUUCUUUUCUCCUCCACUAGUUAAAGCUGCCCUUCGCCCAUAUCGACUGUUAUUGCUUUACCCCUUUAAGUGAUUUCAUGGACCGAGACCAUGCACUUCUCCUUGUCUGGACUGUUUUGGGGAUCCUUCUGUUAACAUAUUUAACCUCAUGGAGAACACAACCACCUCCUUUCAGUGGUGUGACUUAAAAACUGCAAUAGAUGUGUAGAAAUAUCACCAAAUAGUGAAUGUUGACAUUUUAUCUGUCUAGAUGAGGGUUAUUUUUGUGUGCUAGGCGUUUACACUCAACAGUAAUAGCCGUACUUAUGCUGCCUUUCGUUAUCAAACAGUAGUCCGUCCUAAAUCAAUGCUUCUACAUAAUAUGCAUUAAUGUAUGAAUGUAUAGUUCAGGCCUGCAAGGAAGCUAGUUGUGUCUCCGCUUUCCUGCAGCCAAGCUGGAUAGACAGUUGCACACGCACACACAGAAUGUUUCGUCCCGCUGUAUGAUAUGUAAUCCAUAUACAACCAAUAUGCAUACAAGUAUGCUGAACAUGGGUGCUGAUGUACAUAGUGUAUCAUAAGGUUGACUCAUUUAGACGGCAGCGACUCACUGCGGCUCUGAAUUGAAGCACAUGCAUGAAGAGAGAAGACUCUUCCUGCCUCUCAGCCUAAAACUGCUCGUUUUGAAGAUUUAAUCAGCGACGAAGGUUCAAGUCUUCGCAGUUUGUACGUGUCAGGGAAAUCUGAGCUCCCCGUGUUGGGGAGUUCCGAAAUGCAAAAUUAUGUCCCACAUCACAGAUUUCCAAGAUCAGAUUCAACCCAAGAUCUCCCUCAAUUCCACAUAUUUACAUUAAUAAUGAUUUGGCUUCUUUAGUAGUAAUGGCACAAAAAAAAAACACUUUUAAAGAUGCUUUAUCUCUAAAUGGCUUCAGAUAAUUUAA